AUGCUCGCUACUGGCAAUACGACGCUGUUUACUUAUACAGAAGGUGAGAGAGGACCAUCAAAGUGGGGACAGCUGAGCCCUAGUUGGACAGCUUGUAGAACUGCAGCAAAGGCUCAGUCUCCUGUUGAUCUUGUUCAUAAAGCUGCAACUUUACAACCUGCCCUUGGAGAUCUCAAAUUACAGUAUCGACCAGCUGCUGCCUCUAUCAAGAGCAGCGGAAAUUUUAUCGAGGUGAUAUGGAAAGGGAACGCUGGGAAAAUUGUUGUUGAUGGAAAUCAAUACAAGCUGAAAAAAAUCCAUUGGCAUACACCAGCGGAGCAUGCAAUCGAUGGAAAAAGGGUCGAUUUGGAGCUUCAUUUAGUCCAUCAAAACUCUGCUGGAGGAAUGGCUGUUAUCGGAAUUCUUUUCAAAUUAGGGGAUGCUGACCCAUUCCUCACACAGCUGUUGCCCUCCAUAAAGACAAUUACAAAAGAAGGCAAGGAUUUGGGGACAAUAAACCCCGGAGAUAGUGGAAUUGUGAGCAAGAGUAGCUAUUUCAGAUACACCGGCUCUCUCACCAAUCCUCCAUGCACUGAGGGAGUUGUUUGGACUGUUCUCGAUGAGGUGAAGAUGGUUUCAGCUGAGCAGCUAGAUGCCUUGAAGAAGGCAGUUGAUGCUGAAUUUAAAAUGAAUUCAAGACCACUCCAAGCACUAAAUGGAAGGCCAGUCAAAUUUUACAAGGCUGCACAAUGAUUCAUUGCUAUGGAUUUGUCAAUCUUUCUUUGCAAUUAUAGCAGAGAACCAUAUCUUGUUGGCACUAUCUCCGGGGUUAUACUAGAAAGUUAUUUGCGUGAUGUGAUGUGAUCAAAACACAUAAACAAAAAAAUUUAUUAAAAUAUAAAUCCAUACAUAUAUCAG